AUGCCCACAAAGGUAGUAGUUUUUGGUUCUGGCGAUUGUGGGCAGCUGGGGCUUGGCGAGGAUAUUACGGAGCUGGAGCGGCCUAUGGUGGUACCUUUUUUCGACGACAAAGACAUUACCAUUGUGAGUGCAGGCGGUCUUCAUAAUUUGGCCCUAUCUUCGUCCGGCACACUUUAUUCGUGGGGAUGCAAUGACGAAAAAGCCCUCGGUCAUGAUGAGCCAGAAUGGAAUAUUGGAAUCAUUGCUCUUCCCCUUAUGCCUUCCGAGCGGAUCAUUCAAAUCACUUGUGGAGAUUCAAUAUCUGCCGCGGUGACUUCCCAAGGUCGUGUAUAUUCAUGGGGUACGUUUAGAGAUUCUCAAGGGGUCCUUGGAUUUUCUCCCUCAAAUACCCAAUUACAAGGAACCCCUCAUUUGCUUGAUACGAAUAAUAUGAAGGUGGUUGACAUUUCUGCUGGUGCAAAUCAUCUCGUUGCCAUUGCGGGAGAAGCAAGAGAUACCCUUAUUUCGUGGGGAUCUGGCGAGCAGGGACAAUUGGGCCGUCGUGUUUUGGCCCGCCAUAAAAUCAAUGGAUUACGGCCAGUAAAUAUUACCCCCAAAAAAGGCAUUCUCUCUCAAUAUGGGCUCGCUUCUGGAUCAUAUUCGCGAAUUGCUUGCGGUUCAUAUCACUCGCUUGCCAUUACAUCUUCGCUUAUCCUUGCCUGGGGUUUGAACAAUUACGGCCAACUAGGAAACGGGGAUUCGUCUGGAUCCCAAAUGCUUCCAUACCCAACUGCCAUUCCCAAUGGAACCAGCAUUGUUGAUGUUUCAGCGGGAGAACAUCACUCGUUAGCUUUGCUUUCAGAUGGACGUCUCUUUGCAUGGGGGCGCGGAGAUAGUGGUCAAUUAGGCAUUUCAAAGGAUUUUACCUCUCCCUCAUACAGCCCUAUGCAGGUGGCGCCGACUUCUUUUGAAGCUCCCGUUCAAAUGAUAGCUUCCGGUAGCAAUCACAAUUUGGCUGUAGAUACAAAUCAAAACAUAUAUUCUUGGGGGUUUGGCGCAAUGGGCCAGCUUGGUGCGGGCUCCGAUGAAGAUCGGCAUGUUCCAGAGCGUUUGAUGCUUCCAAAAUCACUUGCUUCGCUUGCCGGGCUCAAAGUCCGGCAAAUCCAAGCCGGUGGCCAACAUUCUCUUUUGUUGGUUGAACAUCAUUAG